AUGGGCUUGGUCGAUACAGCCCUCCAAUAUGUCACCGUCAAGGCCGUCGCCGUCUUUGCGGUAGUGGCAUGGUGGCUAUGGAUCGCCGUCUCGCGCCUCGACGAGGCCGUACGCCUGCGCCGUCUAGCCCCCGGCACCCGCGGCCAAAAUCUCAACGCCCAUCUCCCCGGCGGAAUCGACUUCGUUUUCAAGGCGGUCCGCGGGGCCGUCACGCACAAGAAUGUCGACUUUUGGCUCGACAUGCUGUCCAGGGUCAAGGGCUGGACCGGCGAGAAGAGGGUCCUCGGCAUGCGCAUCGUCUUCACCGCCGAGCCCGAGAACAUCAAGGCCAUCCUCGCCACGCAGUUCUCCGACUACGGCAAGGGAGAGCCGUUCCAUGAGGAAUGGCACGAGUUUCUGGGCGACAGCAUCUUCACCACCGACGGCGACCAGUGGCACGCCAGUAGACAGCUCAUUCGCCCGCAAUUCGUCAAGGACCGUGUAAGCGACUUGCAGUGCUUCGAGACGCACAUCCAGACCCUCUUUAAGGCGAUUGCCAAUGGCGGUGCUCUCGAUGGCGAGGACCAGGUGGUUGAUAUGAACGCCGACGGCAAGGUCAUGGAUAUCUCGGAGCUGUUCUUCCGCUACACACUCGACGUAGCGACCGACUUCCUUCUUGGCCAAGAUGUCAAGUCUCUCACAACAAUCAAGCAAGAGUUCGCCGAGGCCUUCAACGAAGUCCAACGGGUCCAGAACAUCCUCGCCCGCGCCGCAAAGCUCAAGCCCUUCGUCCCCCGCACCUCCUUCCGCGCGGGUCUCCAGGUAAUCAACGCCUUCGUCAACAAGUUCAUCGAGCGCGCCCUGCGCCUCAGCCCCGAGGAGCUCGCCUCCAAGUCCAAGUCCGACCACGGCUACACCUUCCUCCACGAGCUCGCCAGCUUCACCCGCGACCGCACCGUCCUGCGCGACCAGCUCGUCGCCGUCUUGCUGGCGGGCCGCGACACCACCGCCUCCACCCUCUCCUGGACCAUCUACGAGCUCGGCCGCCACCCGGAGAUCGUCCGCAAGCUGCGCGCCGAGAUCGUCGACCAGGUCGGCCUCGACCGCGAGCCCACCUACGCCGACCUCAAGAGCAUGAAGUACCUCCAGAACGUCAUGAACGAGAUCUUGCGGUUGUACCCCGUCGUGCCCUUCAACGUCCGCCUCGCCCUCAAGGACACCACGCUGCCAGUCGGCGGCGGGCCCGACGGCACCCUGCCCCUGGCCGUGUGCAAGGACACCCCCAUCGGGUACUCGACGCUGCUGAUGCAGAGGCGCGAGGACCUGUACCCGCCCGUCUCCGAGAAGUUCGCGCACCCGAGCGAGUUCAGCCCCGAGAGGUGGUAUCACUGGCAGCCGAAGCCGUGGACGUACGUGCCCUUCAACGGCGGGCCGCGCAUCUGCAUCGGGCAGCAGUUCGCGCUCACCGAGAUGGGGUACACGCUGUGUCGGCUGUUCCAGCGGUUCGAGAGGGUCGAGAGUUUCAUGGACGAGGUCGACGGCGGCAAGCCCAUGCUCAAGGCCGAGAUCGUGCUGCAGCCUGGUCAGGGAGUCAAGGUUGCGUUUUACAAGGGCCCGAAGCAGGAAUGA